AUGAUAUACGCGCCCAGUGUGCCUCAGAUUGCGGACAACCACAACGCUGAGCACAACGUGCCGUUCAAAAGGGGGAAACCACUUCGAGGACUCAAAGCCUCUGAGGAUCUUUAUGAUCCAGAGAUCCCCAACUUAGGUGCGCUUCUGAGCCACCUGCCCGGUACUUACCACAGUGACCGACGCGCCGGUUUCCACCGCUCGCCGCGCAUUGACAACAGGGGUUCGAAACCCGCCAUGUUGAUCAACGGCCGCGUCGUACACAACCUGCUACUAGACGGCGGAGCCGAAGCCGCCAUCACUGGCCGCUCAAGCGCUGCUGCCAUGGGGAUCACCCCUGACAUGAUCGAUCGCAAUGCCAUUGUCUUUCGCACUUGCACCGGGGCUCUGACCGAACGGUUAGACCAAACCAAGGAACCGGUUAGCUUUGUGCUUAACCCGGAUACUCCUGACGAGCUCAUCAUCAUGGCCCAUGUGGUCAUUGUGAAUCAGAACGUGCCCGAUACUGUUAUCGGCAUGAGCGUCAUGGGACCCGCCGAGUUGACUCCGGAUAUGCGGAGGAAACGGGCAAAGUAUUAUGUGGAGAGGGGACAGGCGGCUCGCAACAUUCGGUCACUGGCCACGCCAGACCGGCCGCCGCCUGUGAUCCGGGACCCUGAGUACCGGCACUUGCGACCGUUGGCCACAGUCUUGGUUGACAAGAAAGAGGCUCUAGCCACCCCAGAUCCUGGCAUGGUGGUCGUUGAGCUCUUUUCUGGCCUCAUGGCCACAACCGAAGCUCUGCUUCGACAAGGCGUCACUAUCCGAAAGGUUUACGCCU